AUGCGAUUGCUGCCUCCUCCUGGGAUAAAAUCCUACUGCAUUUAUGAAAGAAGGAUCGAUGUCUAUUUUCAUGUCCGCCCGAUCAGAAAGAGGUUUGUUCUUGUGUUCUUUGAUGAUAUCUUAAUCUAUAACCGAAACUUAACAGAACAUCAGGGGCACCUGGAACAAGUCCUAAGGGUACUGCAACAAAAUCAGUUCAAGGCUAACAAAAAGAAGUGUUCCUUUGGCUGCCUCCAGGACGAAUAUCUGGGUCACGUCAUAUCAGCAGCAGGCGUGAAGAUGGAUCCAACAAAAGUUAAUGCAGUGGUGGACUGGCCUCGGCCACGGUCUGUGCGGGAGGUGCGCGGGUUCUUGGGCUUGACAGGCUAUUACCGGGGAUUCAUCAAGAAUUAUUGUAUAAUUGCGAAACCACUCACCAGUUUGCUGAAGAAGGAAGCAGCCACGGUAUUUGAAUGGACGAACGAGGCGGAGGCCGCCUUUUCCUCCCUCAAGAGGGCACUCACAGAAGCGCCGGUGUUGGGCAUGCCAAAUUGGCGGAGCCACUUUGUUAUCGAAUGUGAUGCAUCGGGUACGAGAGUGAGUGCAGUCUUAAUGCAAGAAGAUCGUCCUAUUGCUUAUUAA